AUGGAUCACACCGAGUUUCGUGUCAAAGCCAAGGAGAUGGUGGAUUACAUAGCAGAUUACUUGGAAAACAUCAGGGACCACCGUGUAUAUCCAAGCGUCCAACCAGGGUACCUUCAUAAGCGACUUCCCCAAGAAGCGCCGCAGAUGCCUGAAAAAUGGGACGACAUAUUCCGCGACGUUGAGGAUCAUAUCAUGCCUGGGAUUGUCCACUGGCAGAGUCCGCAUAUGCACGCAUACUUCCCUGCAUUGACCAGUUAUCCUUCUAUUAUGGGAGAGAUGCUCUCCAGCGCUCUCAAUGUUCUCUGUUUUACAUGGGCUUCAUCGCCCGCCGGGACGGAGUUGGAGACUAUCGCCAUGAAUUGGCUCGGGAAGGUUCUAGGUCUUCCCGAAUGCUUCCUCAACGAAAAGAACGACAGCCCCGGAGGAGGUGUGAUUCAAACUACUGCUAGUGAAGCAACCCUGGUUAGCCUUCUAGCAGCACGCACCAAGGCUCUGAUGGAGCUUUCCAAGUUGAAUCCAGACCUUCAGUCUUCGGAACUGCUUGGACACUUAAUCUGUUACUGCUCCGACCAAGCGCAUUCUUCUGUGGAAAAAGCUGGGUUAAUAGGAUUGGUACGAAUGCGAUACAUAGAAUCCGACGAACACCAAAGCAUGCGAGGAGAUAAGCUCGAAGAAGCUAUACUUAACGACAAGUCGAAAGGACUUGCCCCUUUUUGGGUGUGCGCAACAUUGGGUACCACUGGAUCUGUUGCUUUUGAUAACUUGCGGGAAAUUGGACAGGUCUGUGAGAAACAUUCCGCGUGGUUACAUGUUGAUGCCGCGUACGCUGGAAGUGCAUUUGUUUGCCCCGAAUAUAGGCACUGGCUUGAGGGCGUGGAAAUGGCGGACUCGUUUGCAUUCAAUCCCUCGAAGUGGCUAAUGGUGAAUUUCGAUUGUACCGCCAUGUGGGUGAAAGACAGCACUGCUCUUCAUAGGACGUUCAAUGUGAAUCCGAUUUAUUUACGCCACGAGAACUCUGGAAAAGCGAUUGAUUACAUGCACUGGCAAAUACCUCUAAGCCGUCGCUUCAGAGCUUUAAAGCUGUGGUUCGUGCUAAGGAACUACGGCGUUGUGGGACUACAAAAGCACAUUCGCGAGUGUGUAAGGUUGGCACAGAAAUUCGAAGCUCUUGUUUUAGCUGAUCAACGUUUUGAAAUACCGCAGCCGAGGAAUUUGGGAAUGGUCGCUUUUCGUCUAAAGGGUGACAAUGCUCUCACUGAGCGACUGCUGAAGCGUUUGAAUGCGCGCGGCUAUAUACACGCGGUGCCAGCAUGCUUCAAAGGUGUUUACGUUAUCCGUUUCACGGUGACCUCCCAGCGGACUACAAACCAGGAUAUUCUUGACGAUUGGAACGAGAUCAAAACCGUUGCGUCUGAGAUUUUAGUCGACAUGUUUGGAUCAGAAUAUGGCAAUGUGGUUGUGCCAAAGAAACCAAGAAUCUCUUUAAAAGAAACGCGUGAGCUAAACGCAACUUUUGGAACGAGUCUCCUUCUGGCCAAUAGCCCGAUGAGUCCCAAAAUUGUUAAUGGGACCCACGUUGCUAUUUGCGAUUAUGAACAGGUUCUCAAUUCCUGCGCUCAAACCUUUGCCCAAUUGAAGAUGGAGCCGAAAGACAGCCCUGAGAUGCGCCGACGCAUCCGCGGUAUCAAGAUGUGCGGUAAGAAAUUCUCCCUGGACUCCUGCAUGGACAUGGUGCAGGGGCUCAUGAUGGAGCAAUCGCUCCCUCAAUGUUCCGAAGAAGAGAGGGAAGAGGCCUCCACCGGAUCGAGUCCCGGCGAACCAUCAUCAAAGUCAUCAUCGCCCGUAAACAUCAGCGGAUCGAAGCCCGAAGUAGCCAGCGACACAAACCAACUACAAGUACCCUGUACACCUAAACCACACAGAUCUAAAUCCAUGGACGUAUCUUUAAUGGGCUUGAGCCUCGACGACACCAAAAUAACCAUAGACAUGAAAAACAACGAAAUAACCAUAACACCGACCGCAUCCAAAAGCUUCGACAACAGCAUGGAAGCGUCACAAAAACCUGGACAUUACGAUGACAUUGAUGAAAAGCACAUUAUAGGGGAGACUAUUACGCAAGCUUUAGAGAAUUUCCAACAAAAGGAUAUAGAUGAGAGAAUUGAAACUAAGAGCGACGCUUGUAGCGCCAAACUUACUAUUAGAGGCCCUGGUAAUUAUAUUAAAAAGUUAAUUCAACAGUUCAGCGAAGCCGAAGACUCCAAGCCCGAAUCUGAGAAAACUACAUCUUCGCCUUCAAUAAGAGACCGAGCUGAUGCCAUUUGUAAGAAAUGUUUACAUUACAAGGGAAAAAUUGGAAAG